AUGUUUAGUUCACAAGCAUUCAGUCAUGCUGCAGCACAUAAAAUUAGAAGUAUUCGUUUAUAUUUAUUUGAAGAAAUCAUCGAUGGUUUAUGCAGCCACGACGAAUGUCAUUAUCUUGCAACAGCUGCUUGUCAGCGGCAGCUUCCAUGUGGUCAUUUUUGUGGCGGAAUCCGGGAUGAAGAAAUGUGCUUACCAUGUAUGCACUGUAGGAUGCCAGGUACUGACCAAGCCCUGCAAAUGUACAAUGGUCAGGCACAUGUAGUUGAACUUCGAGUUGUGUUAUGGGCAAGCAAAAAAAGCACAUCAUGUCAAAAUCAUGUCCUCAUGCGCGCAUAUGAAUCAAUUAAAAGAUUAAGAAAUCCAGAGGGCUGA